AACUGAUAAAAGCCUACAAUUAGCCCCCCAUUUACCCCAUGCAGCCACGAUAUACUGACGGCAUCGAUUCCCCUCUUUCCCCGACCUCGCACUUUCCCAGGAAUGUUGUAACCUUAUUGCUCCGUAAGUCUUUUAUUUACCUCUUUCCACACCCUUGCCGUGCUGGGUAAUCCAUGCGCAUCCAUUUCCCACUCAUCUCGUAUCGUCCAUCACCGGUGAUUUCUCGCUAUCAAAGCUUGGAUUCACUCUCAACACUAUAGCAAACAUGCCCUCUGCUAAAGGAAAACCAACUGACCCAAAACUUAAGGAAGACAUUACUAAAAGUAAAGAAAUUUCUUAUCUUUUUCCUGUUCAGACCCCUUUGAAAUCUCCUUUGCCUCUGAUUGUCAGCGAUCCAUUCUUAACAGCAGACGAAACAGAAGUCAAACAACAACCCAAUAAAGAUGGUAGCGGUAAAGGAAAGAUGGCUGCAUGGAAGGUAGGUCGUUUGAUUCCAUAGCAUCCAAAUUCUGGGUGUCUUUUUUCGUCUCUACCUCUACCCAGGUCGCUUUUUUACUGAUCAUAUGUUACUUCUCAGGCUAGCAAAAUAGCAAAAGGAUACGAAGCUGAAGGGGGUGACUAUGAGAACGAACCUGGCUCUAAAGACAAACCCAAGAAAGGUCGACCUGAGAAGAAGUCAGAGGAGGAAAAAGCUUCUGAAUUGGAAGAGGCCGAGAAGGAAAAGGAAGAUGAUGCCAAAGAAACCGCUGGUGAUAAAGCGAGUGGAACGGACGAUAACACGCCGGAUAUAGAAGCCAAGGACAAACCAACUGUUAAGAAGAGAGGCCCAGGUAGACCCAGAAAUGCAGGAAGCACAGCUCGUCCAAAGAAGAGCCCGAAGCCAAAGAAGGAACCAAGGCAAGGAACGAGGAGUAGUGCUCGACAACAGGAAAAGUCACAAGAAUCUUCUGGAGGGACGAAGAUAGAUGCUGCUAAGGAGGAGGAACAAAAGGCUGCUUUAGAAAAGAGAAAGAACGUUAGCGACGAACCAAGUGAUGAGAAUGAUGAAGAGGAGGCGAGCGAAAAAAACCCUGCGAAGAAAUCCAAAAACGAGGAACUAAAGGAAGUAGAAGAAGAGAAAGAAAAGUCGGCGCCUAAGAAAGCUGGUAGAAAGGCUAAAAAGUGAAAGUAUCACUUUGCUUUCAUUCUGAUCGUACGGAACCGGUUGAAGGGAAUAUCAUUGGCGCAUAAGGGACCGCACGAAUACAUAUAUUAACAUUGGGUUGGAGUGAAAUGGGAUGAAUCUGCGAAUUUGUAUUUUCGAGCGUUUGUUUACAUUCCACUUUGAUUCUGUAGGACUUUGCUUUGGAAAGCAUAUUCUUUCUUUAUUGUAUACAAGGAAGCAUUUAUCAUUGUUAUUGAUAUUCUUCGGCUGCAGUAACAGCUAAUCAAAAUGGACAUUGCCCCUCUAUCAUGAACGUUGAGCUCUAUGCGCU